AUGGAGGCGACGUCCCCCCGGCCUGGGCUGCUGCUGGUCAUGCUCUGCCUACUCGCUUCCCACGGAGGGCCAGCAGCUUUCCUGAUCACCACCCCGUACUCGCUCUGUGUCUGCCCUGAGGGCCAGAACGUCACCCUGACCUGCCGGAUUAGUGGUUCCCUCGCUGACCGCCAUGACCUGCUCUACAAAACCUGGUACUUCAGCAGCAACGGCGACCAGAGCUGCUCCGAGAAGAAGCACAUCCGCAAUGUCACUGAGAAGGAGCUGCACCACGACCUGGGCAGGCACCAUGAGCUGCUGGGCAACAGCACCCAAAAAUCCCCCCUCGGGAUGCAAGCCAGCCAUCACGGGGUGGAGUUUGUCCCCGACCACCAUGGUGCCUUUCACAUCAUGGUGAUGAACCUGACGCUGCAGGACAGUGGGAAUUAUUGCUGCUAUGCUGUGGAGGCCAGGAGGGAGCACGGCAAACCCCACACCCUGCAGGUCGCUCAUGGCUUCGUGGAGCUGCAGAUUCAGCAAGGCAGAGGAGGGCUUCAAAACUGCACGUUUCAUACUGCCACCAGCAAAGAUAUCACGGCUGCCGCCCUGGCAACAGGCGCCUGUAUCGUGGGCAUCCUCUGCCUGCCCCUCAUCUUACUCCUGAUUUACAAGCAAAGACAAGCAGUCAGCAGCAGACGUGCCCAUGAGCUUGUCAGGAUGGAGAGCAGCGCCCAGGGCAUCGAAAACCCAGUCUUCGAGGCAGUCCCCUCGGCAAGCGCAGAGCUGCGGCCCCGACCCCAGCUCUCCUACAUGGCCAGCCGACAGCCCUCCGAAUCCGGACGGCACCUGCUUUCUGAGCCCGGCACCCCCCUGUCCCCCCCUGGCCCUGGGGACUGCUUCUUUCCAACGCUGGAUCCUGUUCCUGACUCACCGAAUUCCUUGAAAGCCUAA